AACAUGGACAGAGUAAACUGGACCAGUGCUUCUGAAUUCCUUCUCCUGGGGCUCUCUGAGCAGCCCAUUCACCAGCCCCUGAUCUUUGGCCUAUUUCUGUCAGUGUACCUGGUCACAGUGACUGGCAAUAUGCUGAUUGUCCUGGCCAUCACCUGUGAUGCUCGCCUCCACACUCCCAUGUACUUCUUCCUUACCAACCUCUCUUUGACUGACAUAGCCUCCAUCUCUACCACAGUCCCCAAGAUGCUGGAAAAUAUCUGGACUGAGAAGCAGACCAUCUCCUAUGUUGAGUGCUUGACCCAGCUCUAUUUCUCUAUCGUCUUUGUCACUGUGGAUAACUUCCUCUUGGCUACCAUGGCCUAUGACCGUUAUGUGGCCAUCUGCCGGCCUCUCCACUAUGCCACAGCUAUGAGCCCAGGUCUUUGUGUUCUGAUGGCCACUGUAUCUUGGGGCUUAACCAACUUAAUUGCGUUAGUUCACAUUCUGUUGCUGGACCAGCUGCAGUUCUGUAGGGGUAACAUUGUUCCCCACUUUUUCUGUGACAUGCCCUUGCUGCUACAGCUGGCCUGCUCUGACACUCACCUCAACCAGCUCUUGAUUUUAGUCUUGGGAGGGUCUGCCAUACUUCUCCCAUUUGUACUCAUCCUGGCAUCCUAUGUUCGCAUCAUCAUGGCAAUCUUCAAAGUCCCAGCAGCCAAUGGCAGAUGGAAGGCUUUUUCCACCUGUGGCUCCCAUCUGACUGUAGUCACUAUGUUUUAUGGAACCAUCAUAGGUGUUUACUUCCUUCCAUCAUGGACUCACUUUGCUGGUGGAGACAAAAUAGCCACUGUGAUGUUCACUGUGGUGACACCCAUGCUGAACCCCUUCAUAUACAGCCUCAGGAACAAGGACAUAAAGAGGGCCCUGGGGAAAGUGAAGUUCCAGGGGAGGCUACUUUCCUUGGGCAAGAAAUGCUGUGAUCUGGGAGACUGCAAAUCUUGGAGCUUGCCUAUCAGCAGGGGAUGA